AGCACGCGCUCAGACAGCAACAAGAAGAAGAAGAAGUAACAACAUGGCGCAGAGCCGGACGCCUGUCACCCUCCUAACUAACUCCUACAGCGCCGCUACGCUCGUCUGACAGCCAAGGAAGGGUUGUGCCGGGCACCCGGAGCUCGCCGGAACACCCUCGACUCACUUCUGUGUCCUCUCGCGCGUGUUCUGGUUUCGACUGAAGGAGCGUCCGUUGACAGUUUUCGGUAACAUGAGCGAGUCCGUUAGCUGCUGCUCACCUGUGUGCUAACCUCGCUGCUUCUUCAAACACCUCGCUCGCAACGUAGGCAUGUCGGACAAUCAGAGCUGGAAUUCGUCCGGUUCCGACGAGGACCUGGAGCCCAGAGACGACCCCGGACAUCCCGUUGGUAUCUCGGAGUUCAGCGGAGUUCUCAGCAAGUGGACGAACUACAUCCACGGCUGGCAGGAUCGUUGGGUGGUUCUCAAAAACAACACGCUAAGCUACUACAAGUCCCAGGAUGAGACAGAGUACGGCUGCCGGGGUUCUCUCUGCCUCAGCAAAGCUGUCAUUACUCCACAUGAAUUCGACGAGUGCCGUCUGGACAUCAGCGUGAACGACAGCGUGUGGUACCUCCGAGCCCAAGACCCGGAGCACCGGCACCAGUGGAUCGACUCCAUCGAGCUGCACAGAAGUAUCAGAGAGGGAAGGCGAGACAAGGGAGGAGUCCAGGGAACAGUAAUCAUCCCUCCACCUCUGGUGGACUCCGGGUACGGGUCCGAGUCCAGCCUGCGGCGACACGGCUCCAUGCUGUCUCUGACCUCAGCCGCCAGCGGUUACUCCGCCACCUCCACCUCCUCCUUCAAGAAGGGCCACAGUCUGAGGGAGAAGCUGGCAGAGAUGGAGACCUUCAGGGACAUCCUGUGUCGGCAGGUGGACACACUGCAGAAGUACUUUGACGGCUGCGCCGACGCUUCCAAGGACGAGCUGCAGAGAGACAGAAUGGUGGAGGACGAUGAAGACGACUUCCCAAGCACGCGCGGCGACUUCCUUCACAACAACAAUGGCAGCAAGGAGAAACUGUUUCAGCCGUUCAGCCAGCGAGAAGUGAACUACAUCGACUUCAAGGGAGAAGCCAUCACCUUCAAAGCUACCACGGCAGGAAUCCUGGCCACUCUGUCGCACUGCAUCGAGCUGAUGGUGAAACGGGAGGACAGCUGGCAGAAGAGACUGGACAAGGAGGUGGAGAAGAGGCGGAGGAUGGAGGACAGCUACAAGUCCGCUCUGAAUGAGCUGAAGAAGAAGUCUCACUUCCACGGCCCGGACUACGAGGAGGGGCCAAACAGUCUCAUCAACGAGGACGAAUUCUUUGACGCCGUGGAAGCCGCUCUGGACCGGCAGGACAAGAUCGAAGAGCAGUGUCAGACAGAGAAGUCCCGAGUCCUGAGGUCCAGUCCGGUUCCGGCAGGAGAUGUCUACUCCAGCUCCGGGUCUCACCGCUUCUCUGAAGAGCUUCACGGUCAGUUGUCUCCUCACGACGUCCACAGAUUCAGCUCUGAGGUGGAGGAGAUGGUGCAGAGCCACAUGACCUACUCGCUGCAGGACGUCGGUGGAGACGCCAACUGGCAGCUGGUGGUGGAGGAGGGAGAGAUGAAGGUGUACCGGCGGGAGGUGGAGGAGAACGGCAUCGUGUUGGACCCGCUGAAGGCCACGCACUCGGUCAAGGGCGUCACUGGUCGUGAGGUCUGCCACUACUUUUGGGACACGGCCUACCGCAACGACUGGGAGACCACCAUCGAGAACUUCAACGUGGUGGAGACGCUGUCGGACAACGCCGUGAUCAUCUAUCAGACGCACAAGCGCGUGUGGCCAGCGUCUCAGCGGGACGUCCUGUACCUGUCUGCCAUGAGGAAGAUGGCCGCCGACAACGAGAGUGACCCAGACACCUGGCUGGUCUGCAACUUCUCCGUGGACCACAAUGAGGCGCAGCCCAGCAACCGCUGCGUCCGUGCCAAAAUCAACAUCGCCAUGAUCUGCCAGACUCUGGUCAGCCCACCGGAGGGCGACAGAGAGCUCAGCAGGGACAACGUCCUGUGUAAGAUCACAUACGUGGCCAACGUGAACCCGGGUGGCUGGGCUCCGGCCUCGGUGCUGCGGGCCGUGGCCAAGAGGGAGUACCCCAAGUUCCUGAAGCGCUUCACCUCCUACGUGCAGGACAAGACGGCCGGCAAGCCCAUCCUGUUCUGAUCACAUGACGGCCAGGAGCGUAUCAAACGUGUUGUGAAUGAACUCUGUAGACCUCAUUUGUUCUCCUGACCGAGGAGGGGCAGCCACCCCAGCCUGACCCUGAUGACCUCGGGCGUCGUCUCUGAUGAAGCCGCGGCAGUGCUGACGGAACGACCGCGGGAGUGUACAUAGUUCAGGUCUGUUGCCGCGGAGACGCUCAAGCACCUAGUCAAGUGCCUGGUUCAGCUGCAGCUGAGGUCAGCCGUGGCGACCAGAUGACACACGAGUGACACGCUCACAAAAGAAAUCUCAUUUCAUCAUGAAUUUGCUGACACUCCGACGGAGGAACGUUUGAUUUUGACUUGAAUGAGUUACCUGGUUUAGAAUAAUACACAUUCACUUCUGUCUGAGUUGGUGUUGCAUUAGACAGACUUUAGGACCCUGGGGACACCUGUUCUGACUCCCACAAUCUCAGAUUCUAAUUUAAAAGUCUUAAUGUACAGAGCUGAGUCAUAGAUGAAAUCCAGAUUACAGGCCAGCUGUGAACCACAGUCAGGAUUAAAUGACUCAGCUGUUGCUACUCGACUGGUCACCCACUCGGUGAAAGUGCGUUGAGAGAAACUGGCUUGUGUUGAGAUUAAGAGCUGAGUUGCUUUGAGAGACUCGUGAGUGGGUCGUUUCCGUGCGCAGCAUGAGGUGAAGGACAACGUGACGCAGGUGAAACUCCUCGAGUGGAAAAUGCUGAAAAUCUUCUCACCCAGUCGCAAAUGUCAUCAGAAAUUGUAAAUAAAGUUUGUUGAUAGCAAACGUG